GUUUGCAAAUAAUUACAGAUUUUAAGUCCAACUGUACAUAUUUCAGUCAGGCCAGGUAUUUGAAAUAAUGGAAGAAACCCUAGAAAAUCCUGAAAUGAACGCAUCUCCUCCUAAACCUGAAACCCUAUCGAAUUCCCAACAACAAGAAGAAGAGAAUACAAGUGAAGAAUCAAAACCGCUGUUUGAUCAAAAUGAAAUUUUCAAAGCUCUAGAAAUUGUGGAGAAAGAUUCAAUGGCUAUUGCUGAAACAUAUGUAUCUCUUUUCUCUUCGCUUCGUUUGAUUCUAUCCGAGGUCACUAGCAGUUCGGUUGACCACAUGCGUUGUUUUAGUGAUGCUGCUGGCCGCGUACAAGAAUCUGCACAUGAUGCAGCAACCAAGGGAAAUCGGUACAUAAAUUCCUGUCUCAGAUUAAACGAAGAAAUGAAAAGCAUCGACAGCCUUGCUCUUCAAUUAAAAAUUCUGAGGAAAAAUGUUGAUACACUGGACUCAGCAGUGACAAAGCUUGUCCGAUUUCCAUGACCAUGGCAUCUGCUCACAUGUUCAAGCCUCUUGCAUCAGCAGCUAAUUUGCUUCACUGGUUACGCUUCUUUUUUGGGAGUUCCUCAAUUAGUCUGACUCUGAUGGAGUGUCCUCUAUUAUCGCAUUGCUCAGACUCUGAUCCCAUAUAUUGCUAGCCCAUAGCUUUUGGGAUCAAUGCAAACAGUCUGUCUCUUCUUCUUCAUUUAAAGUUGUAAACUAGCAAAGAAAUUGGCUUAAACACACGCCUGGUCGUACUUCUAGUUUGUGGCCUGGUUUGUUACCAGACAUGUUCUCUAUACUCUACGCAAACAGAUCUAUAUUGUUUCGCAGCAGUUGGUGCAGCGCAGCCUCUCUUACCAUGUUCAGUGUGGCUCCAAUCUGCAGCGUCUUUUGUAUGUCAUAUGUACCUGCGUUCUUGGUCGACUGAUUUCUAUGGUUCUCUCAGAUUGAUUAUAGUUAUUGGCUUUUUGGCUGACCA